AUGGAAAUAGAAUAUAAUAAAAAGUUAUAUUAAGCAGCCGAAGAAACUGAUGUGAAUAUUUAACUUUUGUUAUCUGAUUUCUAAGAAAUAUUUGAAAAGGAAAAAGUAUCUUAAAAAUUAGAUUAAAUUUAGCUAAGCUUUAGUCAUUUAAAUGAAGUGAGUAAAUCUAUUCCUGGAGAUCAUUCUUAUUAACUUAGAAUUCAAGAAUAAAAGAAAAUAAGUACUGAAUGUAAAGAGUGUUUAAAAUAGAAAAUUGAAGAAAUAAAAUUGAAGAUGAAAAAUUCAGAUGAAUUAUUGAAAGAAGAAAUGAAUAAGCUAUAAAAAUUGAAAUAGGAGAAAAAAUAGUAUGUAGAAGAUUAAAAAAAAAAAGUAGAUAAAGAAUUUAGGCAAGAAUUAUUAAAAUUUAAUGGUUUAUGA